CAGUUCAGGUUGGACGGUCUAUUGAUAAACAUCGUUAGUGCGCAGAAGCUGUUCUGUGAAAGCUUUGAACGGCAGGCACAAAAUUGCGUGUGUCAAGUAAAACGUAUCUAUGUCUUAAGGAAUGUGUGUUAGCCUUCCCAUCGGCAUUGGGGGAAUUUGUGAAACUCAGCUACCUUAAGUGAAUGUCUUGGCAUUAAGUUUGUACACGAGUUGUAUGUAUAUUUGUGUCUGUGUGUGUGUACCCUUGUCCGUGGUCAAGACAACGAACGAGUGCAGUCUUUGAGCUGGUUUCAAAAUCCAACCUCCCACCCAACCACAAACGAUUGUUGUUUUCAAAUGCGACCUACCAACUUUCAAACGUUAUGUUCUCCGUUCGAUGUCAAACUAUGUUUGUUGUAACCUAGCACGGUGCGCGAUUGUUGGGGAUUGCAUGUUUGACCUGUUAGCAUUGAACAUUUCGGAACAUUACGGCAAGUCUUAACGGAUAUUUUCCUUUAGUGUCGUCUCAUCUGCAACGUGCAUCAGUUACGUACGUAGUGAUCCAACGACUAAAUUAAGUUCCAGCUGCCGACAACGUGCUUGUGAGUGAGCGACUGAGUGUGUGCGUUGCAUUGAGCCAAACGUAAAUUUAGUUUCGUUGCUGUUUUGGUGACAAACAUUGAUUUUUUUCUUUGCCUUUAAAUGAGUACAUAAUAUGGCCAAGAGACAAAAACAAAAACAUGUUUUAUUUUUGUGACAACUUCAAAAAUAUUUGCGGUCUCAGUUGUUCUCUCUCUAAUGAAAGUGUGUUCGUAUUAAAUAAGUAAACAAAGCGAAAAAAGAAAACAAAUAACAAAAUUAAACUUAAAUUAAAUAAAGAAAAUAAUACAGUGCAAUACUACUUUGAACAGGACAAAAAAAAAAAAAAACAAUUCAAUGGCUGCAUAUACACAGUUUGGAUAUGGCGGUUAUCCGUCGGCAUCUCAGUUACUUUCUGCCAAUGCCACACAUUCUCCCCAAACUGGCGACACAGCGAGUGGUACUGCUGCAACCAUGACUAGUCCAAAUGCUCCGGCUCAAAGUCCUUCCGGGGAAUGUCGUACAAAUGCCGCAACAAAUGUACCAAAUGUGACAAAUAAUCCUAGCACUACCAGUGGUGCACCAGAAGUCUCAACGGGGGCUUUGAGUCCGGACGGGCUGUCACAACAUUCAAACAAUGUCAGUGGUAAUCAAAAUCCUUCUACAAAUAUGGAGAAUACACCCUUGGGGUCGAAUAGUGCCGGAUCGGCAGGUGGAGGUUCUUGCUGUGAAAAUGGUCGACCCAUAAUGACUGAUCCGGUUUCCGGUCAGACCGUGUGCUCGUGUCAAUAUGACUCGGCCCGGUUGGCUUUGUCAAGUUAUUCAAGAUUACCUGCAGCCAGUGUGGGUGUUUAUGGAACACCAUACCCAUCGACGGAACAGAAUCCCUACCAAAGUAUCGGAGUUGAUAGUUCGGCAUUUUAUUCACCUUUGAGCAAUCCCUAUGGUCUGAAGGACACCACAACGGGUACCGAUAUGACAGCUUGGACAUCGGCGGGUUUGCAGCCAACUACGGGGUAUUAUUCAUAUGAUCCAAUGUCUGCGUAUGGGUAUGGAGCAUCUUAUGAUUUGGCAGCUCGACGCAAGAAUGCCACACGUGAAUCAACCGCUACUUUAAAGGCAUGGUUAAAUGAGCACAAGAAAAAUCCCUAUCCCACAAAGGGGGAGAAAAUAAUGCUGGCCAUUAUUACCAAAAUGACUUUGACUCAGGUCUCCACCUGGUUUGCCAAUGCCAGAAGGCGUCUGAAAAAGGAAAACAAAAUGACUUGGGAGCCGAAAAAUCGGACUGACGAUGAUGAUGAUGGCAUUAAUUCAGACGAUGAUAAAGAUGACAAGGAUGAUGAGCCGGCUAAAGGACAACCCAUGCAUCCGGGAAAUUCUCAAAUGGGACAAAUGGCGGGUAGAAAAGAUCUCGAUAAACAUGACUCUACCGACGAUGAACACCAAAUGAAGUCCCUAAAUCAUCCUGGAGAUUUGCGUAUGGGUUUGAACUUCCCUGGUUCUGGCUAUACAGGAUCCAAUCAUCCACACAGCUAUCAUCCAUACCAUCAACACCCGGCCUAUUAUCAGCAUCAACAGUCAAUGUUCUCCUCCAGCUAUCCGCAUGCCAGCGGCGAAAGCUUGAUUGGCAAACACGAUGUUAGCGAUCCAAAAAACCCCAUGAGCCGGGACUGUGGCGUACCAAUUCCAGCCAGCAAGCCGAAAAUCUGGAGUUUAGCCGACACAGUCGCCAGCAAAACACCACCACUACACUCGGCAGCCUAUAUGGCUCAUCAGCAGCAUCAGAGGCAAAAUCUGCAUCAGCAACAGCAAAUGUCGCAGCAACAGUCGCAUCCCAUGCAACAGCUACAGCAAAUGAGCAGUUUAAUACCGGCAGUAUCGCAAAAUACCACCACCAACAACAACAACAGCAAUAUGAUGAGUGGAAACUACAACACAAAUCCCUAUACACGGGGGCCCUCUACAGCUUACGAGAAUUUUCUAGGGGCUAUGGCUACCAACAAUAUGCCACCUUACAACAACAGCAACAACAAUACGGCCAACAGCAGCAGUCUUCCUACUUCGAACAACAGUCACCACCACCACAACAGCAGUCCUCAUCAGGCCAACUCUCAACAGCUUUCACCCAACACCCCGCCUACUACAACACAAGCCCCAAACGCCCAUCAUACCCAGCUACAGCAACGAGCACCCUCCACGACUCAUCCGCGGGGGAUGGGGUUUCCCGAAGCCCAACCAGAUACUCCACCCCAAACUCCACCGAAUAUGAAAAUGCCGAACGUCCAGUUGGCCACGAACCUCUUGCUUACCGCUACGCAAGCCCAUAUGACCGCUACCUGCCACAACAUCAACAGUAGCCAUCAUCUGUCCAGCUCCAAUCCUUAUGGCCUCGGUUAUAAUCGUUACUACGAGUAUUCUCCCAGAGAUGAAAAUUCUGUUGGUAGCUCGUGCAGCUCAGCAUCAAGCUCAUCACAUGAGCCCGAAUCGCAGGCUUAUAAAUCGAUAUUUAAAGGCCAAUCCCACAAUGGUUUUGCUCAGCCGGUUUAAAUGGUUGGGUGGAUCUUUUUUAUAUCAAAUUAGAGAGACAAUUAUAUAAGUUAAGGCAAAUAAAUAUUUCUUCCCAACUGCAAACAAGACCAAGGGCUUAAGUGCAAAUGUAUAAUUAAUUUAAGUCGACCGUAUGUUAGCAUAUAAAAUUGUAUGUAUAAAUUAUAUUAAGUUUUAUCUAUUAUUUUUGAUUUAACAUAUACUUUUAUGAAUAUCGUCUGUAUAUGAACUUGUACGUAAUUUCAAAAAAAAAAGUAAAAAUACAUUUUUAAUGUGCAAAUUAUAACUGUUUAAUUUAAAUAAAAAUAAAAUAAAGCCGUAACUGAAAAUAAAUUAUUGUUUUACAAUUAUAAUUAGCAUUAGGAGAACAUUUAUUACUGUGAUAAAUUCCGUUUUCAAGUUGGGUUUCGAAUGACAUUUACGUUAACUGCUGUCAUUCAAAUGAUUUCGUCGAUCCUUAAUUGAGUUUUAACGUCUGAGCGUUUUUCUUUUCGUCUAAAGCAAUUCAAAUUAUUUAGUAUCACACAAAUAAAUAUAUUUUCAUUUGAAUAUAACUGUGCAUGGUUGUUAUUCGAUCUGUCUGUCACCUGGCGUUUGGCCAAAGUCACACCUCUGUCUGUACAUAAUUAAUUAGUUUUAUUGUCAACCGAGAUAAAUGAGCGUUUUAAACAAAACACAACACUUCAUACAAAUGUGCAAAGUAACUUAUACACACAUAUAUGCAAUACAAUAAAAUUAUUAAUUUAAUUUAAUAUAAUUUUAAGUGUAAUAAUUAAUAAAUGUAAUUAAGACACUCGUGAUUGAGCCAACUGCAAUUCACAACAGACUAAUGAGAAAUCUUAAUUAUUAUCGAAAUUAAAUUAGAUUUAUGCCUCUAUAUAAUUUAAUUAAACUUGUGUAAAAUAUAAAAUACCAACACCUAAUUACGAAAUAAAAUAGU